AUGAACCCUCCUUCGGGGCCCAGAGCCCAGGAGCCCAGCUGUGUGGCCACCCCAGCCUCACCCAGCAGGUGGGACAGCUCCUGGAGCAGGACGUCCAGCGUGGGCCAAGCUCUGCCCAGCAGUCCCACGGCAGCCGGGGCUCGGGCUCCUGCCUGGGUCCCCUUCCCAACGGUGGAUGUUCCGGACCAUGCCCACUACAUCCUGGGCACAGUGAUCCUGCUGGUUGGGCUCACAGGGAUGCUGGGCAAUCUGAUGGUCAUCUAUACCUUCUGCAGGACCAGAGGCCUCAGGACACCCUCCAACAUGUUCAUUAUCAACCUCGCAGUCAGCGACUUUUUCAUGUCCUUCACCCAGGCCCCCGUCUUCUUUGCCAGCAGCCUCUAUAAGCGGUGGCUCUUUGGGGAGGCAGGCUGUGAGUUCUAUGCCUUCUGUGGGGCUGUCUUCGGCAUCACCUCCAUGAUUACCCUAACGGCCAUCGCUCUGGACCGCUACCUGGUGAUCACGCACCCACUGGCCACCAUCGGGAUGGUGUCCAAGAGGCGGGCAGCGCUUGUCCUGGUGGGCAUCUGGCUCUAUGCCCUGGCCUGGAGUCUGCCACCCUUCUUUGGCUGGAGCGCCUAUGUACCCGAGGGGCUGCUGACCUCCUGCUCCUGGGACUAUGUGAGCUUCACACCUUCGGUCCGCGCCUACACCAUGCUGCUCUUCUGCUUCGUGUUCUUCCUCCCCCUGCUGGUCAUCAUCUACUGCUACAUCUUCAUCUUCAGGGCCAUCCGGGAGACAGGCCAGGCUCUCCAGACGUUCAGGGCCUGCGAGGGUGGUGUUAGGUCCCCCCGACAACGGCAGCGGCUACAGAGAGAGUGGAAAAUGGCCAAGAUUGAGCUGCUGGUCAUCCUUCUGUUCAUGCUCUCCUGGGCGCCCUACUCCACUGUGGCCCUGACGGCCUUUGCUGGGUACGCACAUGUCCUGACACCCUACAUGACCACCGUGCCUGCUGUCAUCGCCAAGGCCUCUGCCAUCCACAACCCCAUCAUUUACGCCAUCACCCACCCCAAGUACAGAAUGGCCAUUGCCCAGCACCUGCCCUGCCUGGGGGUGCUGCUGGGCGUGUCAGGCCAGCACACUGGCCCCUACACCAGCUACCGCUCCACCCACCGCUCCACACUGAGCAGCCAGGCCUCGGACCUCAGCUGGAUCUCUGGACAGAGGCGCCAGGCGUCCCUGGGCUCGGAGAGCGAGGUGGGCUGGACGGACACAGAGGCAGCAGCUGUGUGGGGGGCUGCCCAGCAAGUGAGCGGCCGAUUCCCCUGCAGUCAGGGCCUGGAGGACAUGGAAGCCAAGGCCCCUCUCAGGCCUCAGGGGCAGGAAGCAGAGACUCCUGGGAAGACCAAGGGGCUGCUCCCCAGCCUGAACCCCAGGAUGUAG